UAAUUAUUUCAAAGAGCAACAUCGUAGAAUAAAUUUCAUGUAAAUUCUUAUAUUAGUUGGAAUAAAUUUGGAGCCAUAGUCCAUUUAGCCAUGGACAAGGACAGGAAUAAAACGAAUGCCAAUAAGAAUGCAUCGUGUUCUGCUGCACGAUGCAAGAAACCAGAUACCUGCAUCCAUUUGCGCAGCCUUCGCCAGCAGCAAAUUAAAGCGGGCACCUCCACUCAAGUACUUUAUCGUGGGCCCAAUUUUCAGGCACAGCGCAGUGAUGAGGAUAUCUUUUUCGAUUGUCUGAGUAUUGGCGACACUGAUUAUCCCCGGGAGGGUCACAGCUGCAAAAUGUUCGCCAGCUGCAGGACAAUCACUAGCACUAACCCCACCUUGUGCAGUAAGACCUCUACUAAAAAGGGAACAUCCAGUUGUAAAACAACCUCCACCUGUAAUGCGUCCGCCAGUAGCAAAUUCGAUGAUCCGGUGGUUGUGCGCGAAACCCUUGAGCGUGCUGCAAAUGCCACGCAAAUGCUGCUACGUAACUUUGAGAGGAAUAAGCGGGUGUGUAAACGUCCGUGCAGUGCAACCCUGGAGAUAACAGCGCGUCUGUUAACCGAUCCUAAAGAAACCAGCUCAAAAUGCCGUCUAGAGGGCAGACCGGUAACCGUUCAAAUGCCACUGCAAUUCGAUCCGAAUACGGGUCAAAUGGUCACAAGCCAGUCACGGCCUAUCGAUAAGGAGACACCAGGCUACUCGAAGCAGACGUGCACAGGUUGCCCAGCUCUGAUGUAUAUGCAGGAUGAGCGACGCUGUCCAAUGAACGCCGAUGCCCUCGCCCCAAACUACCGCACCCAAGACAUACAAACUGACCAAUCCCAUUUGAGAAAUGAAGCUCAAAGGGCUGCCCAAAGGCAGUUCAACGGCAACGGAAUGCCCAGCCAGCCAACGCAAACACAGAAUUUAAGAAAACAGCAGGACAUGGAGGAGGGUGGCGAUGAACUGGCCAAAACAUCUCAGACGGACACAUCCUAUCUUUACGAUCACUAUGUACGCUCGCUCGGUAAUAAUUUUGUUGCGCACAAGCGAUCACAAACACGCGUCAGCCUUGAUUUCUAUAAUAUGGGAAAAAUUCAUUAUCCCACACAAUACAUAUGCCGUAUUGUAGAUGAGAACGAUGCACAUCUGCAAGAAAGUGAUCCAACCCUUAACAAUUUUGAUGAGAACCACUCAGAUCGUCAACAUCCAGUUAACGAAUGUAUUUGUACCGAUAAUGAUUGGAAGCAAAUAAUUAAAGCUAAAAUGCGCACGCAAUAUCAGCAAACAGAUUCUUGUUGCGAGUCGAAAUCGCAACCAAGUAUACCAUCCUGUACAGUCGUACAGCAGCCGGAUAGUAAGAACAGUCCACAAAGUUAUAAGUCCAGCACUUGUCCCUGCGGCUCAAAAUCUUUGCCCAACGUAUCAUCUGCGGAAGGUCAACCGCCGCUCUACGAGGAAGCGAAAAUACAACCGCAGCCACCACCGAUUCCGGAUAGUAAGAACAGUACAAAAUCGAUGUCCAACGUACCAUCUGUGGAAGGUCAACCGCCGCUCUACGAGGAACCGAAAAUACAACCGGAACCACCACCGAUUCGUUGUUAUUGUGAUUCAGAAGAAGCUCAAGGCAAGGACUUUUCUCAACCAACUGAUGAUGCAUAUUGUUCAAUACCCAGUUGCCAUACCGCACAGAGCGACUCCGUAGAUCAACGAAAUGAUAUUUCCCAACCAAGUAAUACUGCUUAUUGUUCAAUACCCAGUUGCCAUACCGCACAGAGUGGCACCAUUGAUCAAAAUGAUGAGUCUUCCAAAUCAAAAAAUGUUGCCUCUCUUCCAAUACCCAAUUCCGAAACCGGACAAAGUGCGAUCGAAGACCAAGCUAUUGAGCUAGGUAAUACUGCCUAUUGUUCAAUACCCAGUUGCCAUACUGCACAGGGUGGUACCGAAGAUCAACGCAAUGACAUAUCCGAACCAAGUAAUGUUGCUUAUUGUUCAAUACCCAGCUGUCAUACCGCACAGAGUGGCACCGUGGAUCAACGCAAUGACGUAUCGGAACCAUGUAAUACUGAGUAUUGUUCAAUACCCAGUUACCAUACCGUACAGGGUGGCACCGUUGAGUCUGCCAAAUCAAGAAAUGUUGGCACUGCUAAUCAAGGUAAAGCCUUGUCUCAACCAAUUAAUGCUGCCUACUGUGCAAUGUCCAGUUGUCAUGCUGUACAGAGUCGCCCCGCAAAUCAAGCUAUUGCUUUGCCCCAACCAAGUAAUGUCUAUUGCUUAAAUCCAAGUUGCCUUACUGCACAAGGCGGAGUUGUGGAUCCAAAUAUGACCAGAGCAUGCACUGAUCAGGGCUUGCCAUCUUUGCUUUCUGGGGACAGUUGUCCCCGUGGUCAGAACAAUCUGACUGGAGUUGCCGGAGUCUAUUAUAGCCUGGAGUCGGGCCAUAGUCGUUCAAUGGCAUCAAGUGCUAUGCCACAAGCUGGAAAUCCUUGUGGAUUGCCAAACGCACACAGCCCUGCGCCAAGCUGUUAUUAUUCCUUGCACUCAGAGACUAGUAGGGGAAACGGAAAGGAUAACGCUACGGCAUUUUUUAGCGUGAGAUCUUGCACCAGUCGGCCACUCGAUAACGUAACCACUUUUGAUAGCGUGAAACCUGGAUCGAGUCAUCGGGAUAUCUGUAACUGUGAUCAAAGGGACAAUGCCACUAAAUUUUUCAGCGUUGAUUCUGGCAGCACUCGUCUAGUCGAAAAUAAAGGACAAAAGGAUAACGCCACGACCUUUUUCAGUGCACAAUCUUGCGUCAGUCGUCCGGUUGAUAAUAGUCAAAAAGAUGACGCUACCCGCUUUUUAAGCGUGCAAUCCUGCAGUAGUCGAUUAGUUGAUGAUGUUUGUCAUAAGGAUAACGCCACAACCUAUUUUAGCUCAAAGUCCUGCACCAGUCCUCCAGACGAUAGUAAUUCUAAAAAGGAAAACGACACAACUUUUCUUAGCGCACAAUCCUGCACCUGCUCGAAAAAGGAUAAUGCCACCGCAUUUUUUAGCGCACAGUCUUGCACCAGUCGACCAGGCGAGAAUAUUUGUCCAAGAGAUGUGUCCACUUUUCUUAGUUUGGAAUCGGGCAUCAUCCGGCCAGCAACCACUCAACCCAAUGUCGAAUUCUAUACAAUUCCCAGUUUCAACGCGCAGAGCAACUCGGAAGGUGUCUUUGGCUCGCAACCCUCUGUGAUUCCGUGGAGUAUGGUUACCGAGAAAAGUGGAAAUCAAAGCGAAACUACCGACUGGCGAAGCGCGCGCUCUAAAAAUACCGCUGAGCUUAAUCAAAAUGGAGUCGAUGUGGCGUGUUCUUGCCUCGCACCCGAUCCAAGUACGCGUACCUUCCUCGCAGCAGAUCCGAGUAGUAUUGCGCCGGCCACUUCAAUGGGACAAGCAUUUUACCAGCAGGGACAGAAUCUGCAGGUGUUGAAAGGAGCAAAGUUUUUUGAUGCACAAAGCACGACUUAUCAGAGCGCGCGUUCGGAGCCCAGCGAAAGGCAUCCUUGUUUCUGCAGCAAGAGUGCACGCUCUGACGUGGCUACUCAACAAGGUGACAGCUUUUUCGAUGCAGACAGGAGCAAUAUAACAACAUCCAUCAAGAGUCGUCCGGUUGAGCAUGACGAGAGUAAUGCGGAUGACGCCUCACAGCAUAGUAGUGUUCAUCAGGUAGCCUGCAAUAGAUCUUCUUUGGGCUACGCUGACAAGACCUCGUCACGCUCGCAGUCUGUAAUGGCCAAGGUCACGUGCUUGUGCUCGUCAGAUCAGAGGAUGAAGUUGGGAAUAAUGGGACGCGAGGCUAGGGAAGGACCGCCCUUCACAAAAGUCGAAGAAAGUGGCUUAGAGUGCGCCAUUGUACCCACUGAUCCUGUGCUUGUGUCAAAGAUGUUUUCGGCAGCCGCUACCAAAGACUUCAGCUGUUGUCAGAGCUGCAAUGUAGCACCGAGCGCAAAGGUUGUGUUUAUGAAUCGGACUGACAAGUUUUGUGAUUGUUAUUCUUCAUCUGAGACUUCCAUAGGCGGUACCGCUGUGAAGUCUUUAUGUGAAUUUAAAGAUGUUGAAAGCGGACCUUCGAGCUGCACCUGUGACAAAGAGUCAUCUAGGGGGAUGUCAAUUCAUAAAAGACAAGGAUCGACUGGCUACAAGUCUUUGGAUCCAUCCGUACUUAACGGUGACCAACAGAUUUCUAUGAAAAGCGCAUUUACCUGUUCGUGCAACCAUCCAAAGUUGAAUGUCGACUAUAAAUCGGCUAACUCCGCAACUGCACAUUCCAAAUCCUGUUUAACAACCUCGAAAUACGGCGCGUCCAUGCCAAACUUUAGCUUGCCAUCCGAAAUCGAGGGUACUAGGAUUUCUGGCCAAUAUCGUAUCAGCCCUGAAGAGGGUCCUAUGGAGCAGGACCGGGAACAGGUCCAGGUUCAGGAACAAGUCCAGAGUCAGAACCAAGACCGAGUCCAAGGCCCGGCUCAGGACCAGAUCCAGGGCCCGGGUCAUUACCAGAUCCAGGUCGUGUGCCAGGAUCAGGAUCACGAACUGGACAACUACUGUGAGUGUGCAUCCGACAGGCAGGUGACAAGUUACAGGAGCUGUAUAUCGAACGAUUGGGGCAAUGCCGGUUCACCAAAGGAACGCAUUGUGAAUAUUUUGAAUUUAUUGAGCGAUUCAAACGAUUGCUGCAUGGAUCGCACUGCCACUAUACAACAACUGUUUCGUGAACUAACCAUGAUGCUUCGCCGAGAGGAAGACGAUGAUGAAGAGGCAGCUGAACCCUUAUCCUACGAAGAUUGCAUGGCAGCCGUAACGGCGGGCAGACUACCACCAAAAAAACAGCCCAAGUCGAAAGACAAGUUAGAGCGGAUGCAGUGUCUUGAUCAAAUGGAAAAAUAUCUGGAGAAAUGUUUUCCGCUAAAAGCGGGUCGGACUAUACAACCGACGGAAAUUGUCGCUUUCGAACGCGAUCCAAAUUUUGAUCCUUAUCGUAAGCCUUAUGAUACCGACACUGAAUCAAAGGAUACGAGCUCUAAGAAUUUCGUCAGCUGCCAUACCGACGUCGAGUUUCAUACGCCAUUCGCUUCUGAUUCCUAUCGAACGGGCUCUAAAUCAGGAAGCUGGAAAUCUCCAGACUCCAAGUCAACAAGCAACAAAUCAUCUGAAUGGAAGACUCCCGAUACUAAAUCGGCCGAUUCGAAAUUGCGAGAUUCGAUCAGCUGGAAAACACCAGAUUCCAAAUCAUCAGGUUCUAAAAGGACUACGCCCGUAGAGGGCUCUAAGCGUAACUCGCAAGGGGGGGAAUCUUUAAGUACCGACUCAAGAAGGAAUUCUGCAUCACCGUCUAGCCCAAUAGAUGAAGAUGAAGUAAGUCCACUGCCAGAUAACGAUGCAAAUGAGUCUCCCGAAGCAACGGCAGAGGCACCUGAGAUCCCUGAGGAGAAUGGCGAAGUAGAUGUCCAAGCCGACGAAGAACCUCCAGUACUGCCUCCAGAAGAGCCUGAGCCUGACGAAACAACUAACGAACUUACUCCAGCCUCUGGUGCCAAUAAAAAGCCGAGCUGUGUAUGUGGGACUGACGAAGAGUCUACCAAAGUCUCUCCAGAAGAGCCAAAGCCGGACGAAGCAACUAAUGAAAUUACUCCAGAUUCUGGCGACAUUAAAAAGCCGAGCUGUGCAUGUGAGCCUGACAAUGAGUCUACAGAAGUGCCUCCAGAAGAACCCAAGCUGGAUGAAGGAGAUGACGAAGCAGUGGAGGAGGCAGCAGAUGAGGCAGCGGACGAAGCAGCGGAUGAAGAAGCAGAAGAAGUAGCAAUCGAGGCUGAAGAACUCACACCAGAUUCUGGUGCCAUUCAAAAGCCGAGCUGUAUAUGUGAUCAGGAUUCGAACGAGGCUGAAGAACUUACUCCAGAUUCUGGUGCCAUUCAAAAGCCGAGCUGUAUAUGUGAUCAGGAUUCGAACGAUAUUUUGAGUCCGCUUACGGAUAGGGAGCGCUUACUAUGCGAAUAUAUGAUGCGUCGCAUGUGCGAAUUGUGUGGGGAUGAGCAAACCGUAGAGGAGGAGGCCACGGAAGGCGUGGACCGGCCGGGAGAGCCAUGUGUUUGCUGUCACUGUCGCGCGCUCGCUUGCGACAACCAAUGUAAGACUGUAUCCAAAACACUGGAUGCCAUCCGAUAUGAUCCCGUUGCCGAAACGAAAUUUUUCAUUGAUUCCAUCAUUUGUGAUUUGCAUGCUAUGAAUCAUGUGAUGAACAAGAAUAAAAUUAAUCCCAAGACGCCCAAGCCGUCGCCUUGUAUGGGCAAUGGGCCGGGGGAAAGUUUCCCUGUAACCAUUACGGAUGUCUCAAGUUUGGGCUGUCGUGCGCUCUAUGUGCGUUGGCAAUUGGAUGACUGCGCCGCCGUUGGUGGAUACGAGAUUUAUGUGGAUGGCCAUUUGACGAAUCGUUUUUAUAGUUAUCGCCACGAAUCUGGUGUCGUGGCCAAUGUGGAUGUGACUAAGCGGCAUCAGAUCGUUUUGCGCGCACAGGCGGUGGGUCAAGAGUUUCCUGGCGAUGAAGUUGGUUGCGGCCAAAAUGCGAUGGUACACGCCCAUCCGGAGAUGCUGGUGGGCGCUAGCCAACCCUGGACACCGAGCGUCUUUUUUUAUGAACCUUAAGUGCGCCCAGUUUGACGCUGACGGCGCACAAAGUGCUAGUCAAAAGUUUCUAUUCGAGUUUUGUCCGUUCUUAAUACCGUUAGUUUCUGUCCCUUGUUCAUUGUGCAUAUAAAUCGAUUAUCGAUUAUUAUCGAUUAUUUCACCUAGUGUAGAGAUCGAUAUUUGAGGAAUACAAGUGGUCCAGCAUGCAUUCAAGCAUAGGAAUUUCAAGUGGACAUUUUGAUCCCUUUACAAUGUGCCUUAAAUACAAAAUUGUACUCAUCGAUGUUGCACGUGUUGUUGCGUUUUAAAACGCGGAAUUUACAUACAUACACUAAUAUAUAUUUUUGAAUCUGUUAUAUGAACAAAACUAGAGAUGGGCAAUGCGAACAAAUUGUAGCUUAUGAAAAUUGUCUAAAUAAUAGAGAAAAUUGUACUCUGAUUGGCUUGUUCCUUUUUUUAAAUAUUAAUAUAAUCUGUCUUAAAAUCAUAUUGUUGACAGCGAUGAAAGGUUACAAAUGCUUAUACUUAGUUAACACCACAACACCACAAAUAAUUGGAAAGUCCCAGUUGCAUUUACUAAAAUGUUACAAUUUUGUAAAGUUACAAAUACAAAAAAAGGUCAAUCUGAAAAAGUAUGAGUUCCAAAGGAACCUACAAUCUCUAAUUGUACAAAACCCUGUGGUUUUAAAAAACAGUUUGUUGAAAACUCCCUAGUCACAGUCACAAGAAAUUACAAAGUUGUGAAGUCACAAUUUUAUCACCGUUCGCAAAAAGGGAGUUGUAUUUAAACACAAUAAUGAAAGUGAGAUAAUAAAUCACACUGGAUUGUCAUUGAAUCACACAAAGCUAAUUGUAUAUAAUCUUAAGAGUUAAUGUUAGAGAAUAACAAUUGCAACGAAUUACGCUAAAUCACACUGUAAAUGAGCACCUAUAUCAGGCAAAAUUGUCGCAAUAUAAUACAGGAAAUUCAUAUAUUUUAUAUAAGAAUAUUUAUACACCUAUUAUUCUAGCUCUAUUGACUCGAAAUACUCAAGCAAAAUUCUCUGUCAAGUCUCGUCGCCCAUCUCUAUUACAUCUAAGGAGUUACAUACACAUAUGGAUAUGUAGAUAUGUAGUUAGUCUGCCGUUUUAGGCAAGCAUAACUGUUGCAUUGUUAUAAUAACAGUUAAUUAUCUAAUACUAGAUACUUACCACCUGGAACGUAGCAAUUGUGGACCAAGGUUCAUGUUUGAAUAUACGUAGUUUUUACACACUUA